AAAGCAUAUGGUCUGAAGAGUAACUAACAAGUCGAAUCCCAGCUCUCAUCGUGAAGAACAGUUUACAGUGCGAAGUUGAUCGCGUUUUUCUCUGAAAGCAAAGCAACCAUAUUACUGUUCGCUGAUAUAUCAGUCAACCUCUGCUUUUCAUAUUGAAUUAGGAGACAGAAGCUUCAGGAAAUGAAAAAGAAUCCGGGUUCUCUAUCCACAGUUCAUCUUUUGCUUCUUCUACAACUGUCACGGUUCCUUUCCAUUGCCUCAACAUUAUUGCUUCCCGCAAUUAACGAGUAAUCUAUAAAUGAAUCAGCUUGAUUGGCGUAUACUUUGUGGGAAUAUCUUGCCGUAGUGCUGUUCUAUUGAGUGCGAAAUGCUGAUUUGCGUGUAGCUUGUGCAAAAACUCUAUUUAAUGCAUAUUGCACCAAAUGUGUAACUUGUGCUGAUUUUUCUAGGCGUAGUUUAUUCAGCAACUGUGACCAUGGGUGAGGACCACUCAUCUGAGCCUGGUAGGUCAAAGAAGGCUGAGAGCUAUAGGGGGCAUGGCUAUAAUGAUCCUACGCAGAGGAAUGAGUUAUGGACUGAUGGGCUUAUUUGUGCUUUUGAAUUUGUUCAUGGACGAAGCAGAACCGGCAGGAAAGGAUCUUAUUCCAAAAGCUUUUCGCACACUGAGACGGAUAAUAGAUAUGCUAAAACAGAAGUGUCCACUCAUGGAGGACAUGAAUCUACCCCUCCAAUAGUUUUGGGAAAUCAGGAUAAUGCACCAGUGGAUGCUGUGGAUAGACUCUCUGGAAGCUGUUGGGUUCCUAUUGGUUGGGUUAGAAUUUCAGAACUUGUUCAGAUGGUGCAGGUUGAUUCUAGAUGGUCUGAUCAGCAGUUUGAUUUUAGGGGUGAGGAAAAUGACCUAACUGUUGCCGACGUAGCUAUUCCAUACUGGGAACGUCCUGCAGGGCCCAUAUGGUGGUGUCAUGUCGCUGCUGCUCAUCCUUCUGUUGAAUCAUGGCUUAGCAAUGCUGAUUGGUUGCAUCCAGCAAUUAGCAUUGCUUUAAGAGAUGAGAGUCGGCUGAUUAGUGAAAAGAUGAAACACCUGCUCUACGAGGUUCCGGUCAGAGUUGCUGGAGGGUUACUAUUUGAGUUGUUGGGGCAAUCUGCUGGUGAUCCAUAUAAUGAUGAAGAUGACAUUCCAAUUGUACUUCGCUCUUUUCAAGUUCAGAAUUUUCUAAUUAGUGCUUUGCAUGUGAAAGGAUCAUCCAAAAGCAUGAACGUUUUGGGAAUUACAGAAGUUCAGGAACUUCUUUCUGCUGGUGGUUAUAAUACACCACGGACCAUACAUGAGAUAAUCGCACAUUUAGCCAGCCGGCUAGCACGUUGGGAUGACAGAUUAUUUCGUAAAUCAAUAUUUGGUGCUGCUGAUGAAGUAGAGUUGAAAUUUGUUGUGAGGAGGAACCAGGAAGAUCUAAACCUGUUUGGCAUAAUCCUUAACCAGGAAAUCAGGAGAUUAUCAAGACAGGUUAUUAGAGUGAAGUGGUCUCUCCAUGCAAGGGAGGAGAUAGUUUUUGAGCUGCUCCAACAUUUGAGGGGGAAUGCAACAAGAAGCCUGCUGGAAGGAAUACAGAAGAGUACAAGGGAGAUGAUUGAAGAACAGGAAGCAGUACGAGCACGCUUAUUUACUAUCCAGGAUGUCAUGCAGAGCAAUAUUCGUGCGUGGCUGCAGGAUAGAAGCCUUAGAGUUACUCAUAACUUGGCGGUGUUUGGUGGAUGUGGAGUCGUUCUAACGAUCAUAACAGGGCUUUUUGGAAUCAACGUAGACGGAAUCCCCGGUGCUAGUAAUACGCCAUAUGCAUUUGGUCUGUUCACAGGGAUCCUUGUUUUAAUAGGCAUUUUGCUGAUCAUUGUUGGGUUGAUAUACCUGGGGCUGAAAAGGCCAGUUAGCGAAGAGGAGGUUGAAGUCAGAAAGUUAGAACUGCAAACUCUAGUCAAGGUGUUCCAGCAUGAAGCGGAAACUCAUGCUCAGGUUGGUCAACCUCGUUCUCACCAUAACUACUUGCCCCCAACUGCUGGUGAUAGGUUUGCGGAUGAUGCAAAUUUUAUUCGAAUCAGCUAACGUGAAAUACCAUGGAGUCACUCAAUGGAUAGUCCAGGUUGGAUCAUAACAUCAUGUGAAUGUACUGUUUCCACUGAAAUCCAUCAGUGCCGUCUGCUUAGCAUUUCUUUGAGGCUACGUUUUGAUCCCAGAAAAUGUUAGUAAAAAGAAAAAUGUUAAUAAGAAUUAUGGAUGGACCCGGGCCGGUUCGGGCCCGGUUCGGGCCUAGGCCCGGCCGGGCCUCGGGUCUUUUUUGUUGGGCCCGAGCCCGAACCGGUGGCCACCGGUUCCGGGUCCGGUUCCGGGCCGGACCGGGCCGGGCCGGUCGGGCCACCCGGUUUAAUUUUUUUUUUUUUUUCCUUUCUUCCCCCACCCCCUCACCCCCCACCCCCCCCAAACCCCCCCAAACCGGCCUAAACACAUAGCCCAAGCCCAACAGCCUAAAACAAAUGAAAAAAAUUAAAAAAAAAAUAGAUUUGGCCCGGACCCGGGCCCGAACCGGCCGGGCCGGGCCGUCAAAACCAUGAACCGAGCCCGGAACCGCCCCACCCCCGGGCCUCCGGCCCGAACCGGACCCGGACCCGGAUAACCGGGCCGGGCCGGGCCCGCACAGUAGCGGGUCGGGCCGGGCCCGGGCCGGGCGGCCCGAACCGAGGCCAUGCCUAAUAAGAAUAAAGUAUUAGUUCCAUUUUGGUUCUGGAUUAUUAACACGUACUAUAAAUAAAUAAGUAUAUUGGCUUAUCCCAUUCCGAUGUAUGAAAAGCUUGACUUAGUGUAUUUGUUUGUAUACCUGAUCAAAUAACUUAGUAUUUGGUAAAUUAAAAAAAGUGACAUCUACAGUUUAUUACAUCUUUGCCUCACUCUUGUCUAA